GGGCGGGCCCGGGGCAGCCGCGGGUUGCUCCAGGGAUGGCUGCAGAUUGUCCCAAGGGGAGCUCAAGGGCUUCCAGGAAUGGCUCAGGGGGCCCAGGGAUGGUUAAAGUGUGACUUGGGGUGGCUACAGUGUCCCAGGAGGGUGUCCAGGGAUGGUUAGAAUGUGACCUGGUGGGGUUACAGUGUCUAGGAAUGGCUCAGGGGGUCCAGGGAUGGUUAAAGUGAGACCUGGGGUGGCUACAGUGUCCAGGGAGGGUGUCCAGGGAUGGCUUUGGGUGUCCAGGGAUGGUUAAAGCCUGGCCUGAGGUGGCUGCAGUGUCCAGGAAGGGUGUCCAAGGUUGGCUCAGGGGGAGCAGGGAUGGUUAGAGUGUGACCUGGGGUGGCAACAGUGUCCAGGGAAGGUGUCCAGGAAUGGCUUAGGGUGUCCAGGGUUGGUUAAAGCGUGACCUGGGGUGGCUAUCGUGUCCAGGGAGGGUGUCCAGGGGUGGCUCACGGUGUCCAGGGGUGGUUUAAGGGUGUCCAUGAAUGGCUCAGGGGGUCGAGGGUUGGUUUAAGAGUGUCCCAGUAUGGCUCAGAUAUUCCCAGGGGUGAUUAAGGAAUGUCCAGGGAUGGCUCAGGAGGGUCCCUCUUGGGCUCUUUACGCAGGUGGAGAGCUCUUCAUGCAGCUGGAGCGGGAAGGGAUCUUCCUGGAGGACACUGCCUGCUUCUACCUGAGCGAGAUCACGCUGGCCCUGGGUCACCUGCAUUCCCACGGGAUCAUCUACCGGGACCUUAAGCCAGAGAAUAUCAUGCUCAACAGCCAAGGCCACAUCAAGCUGACGGACUUCGGGCUGUGCAAGGAGUCCAUCCACGACGGGGCCGUCACCCACACCUUCUGCGGCACCAUCGAGUACAUGGCCCCCGAGAUCCUGGUGCGGAGCGGGCACAACCGGGCGGUGGACUGGUGGAGCCUGGGCGCCCUGAUGUACGACAUGCUCACCGGAUCGCCGCCGUUCACCGCCGAGAACCGCAAGAAGACCAUCGACAAGAUCCUCAAGGGGAAGCUGGUGCUGCCGCCCUACCUGACUCCUGACGCUCGUGACCUCCUCAAGAAGUUCCUGAAGCGGAACCCCAGCCAGAGGGUUGGGGGUGGCCCCGGUGAUGCAGCUGAUGUGCAGAAACAGCCUUUCUUCCGCCACAUCAACUGGGAGGACCUGCUGGCGCGCAGGCUGGACCCGCCCUUCAAACCCUGCCUG